AUGACCACAAUUUGGAUGGUCGGAAUGUUGAAUAGGGCCAGCCUCGAGCGCAGGCAGGACCGUGCCACGAGCGUAGCCGCGGCGGAGCGUAGCGGUAGCGCGCGCCAGGGGGCCGGGGAAGCGGCGGUCGCGGCGCACGCGACCAGGAGGCGCGAGGACGGAGAGUGUCCCGCGAAGGGCGAGCAGGAGGACGAGGAGGAGGAGGAGGAAGAGGAGGAGGAAGAGGAGACCUCUUCCGGGGAAUCGACGCCGCCGACGCCACCGCCGAGGACAGUCCGAGUGUCGCGUAAGCCGACGGUGACCCAGUCCCGACGUACCGCUUCUCACGGUUGCAGUUUUGAGAGACACUUAUCUGCGGGCGACGUCAGGAAGAAUUCUCAUUGCGGUGCGUUGGGUGGCAAUUCAUCCGACAGGAAACCGCCGAGGCGUUUCUCGUCCUUACCCUCUUUAGUCACACAGUGGACUUGUAUUCGAUGUCUAUUGGACAAUAAUUGCAGCUCGCUGACUUGUGCGGCCUGCGAUGCUAGUGCGUCGAUAGCUCAAAGCGACGGGAAGCAAAUUGGCGCGCGCAAGAGCAGAAAGACUAAUCUGCACAAGGAGAAUCGCGUUAGAGUCACGUCUGGACUUUUGGCCCACGUCCUACAUGGGAGCGCUAGCAGGAGUGGCUCCGGUAACGAUGAUAAAAUCAACAGUACAGGUGAGUGUCGCGCUCGCACGACAUCGUCGUGGGGUCCGUCCGCGAGAGCGCGUCCGGUGGAUUGAAUUAUUGUCGCUUGUAAAAU